AUGCCCAUCUACCUUAGCAUGCAACGCGUCCGCUUCUCAAGCCCAGACGCUUACGAAAAGUUCAAAGUCCUCUUCGCCGACACACGCCGCCACCUCAUGACGCUGCCCGGGUUCCUGCACCUCACCUGGUGGGAGCACCCGGACGACAGGAGCUGGUACAACGAGUGCAGCUUCUGGACGAGCCGAGGAGCCCUGUACGACUGGCACAAGAACACGUACCACAAGUACUGCAAGACGUGGGCUGCCAACGGCGCAAUCAUGGAGGAUAUCAUUACAAAUUUUGAGCUCGUCGGAACUCGGCUCUUGCGAGUCUGCCCUGUCUGCAACCAUACGCAAGAUAAGAAAUACAACCUUGCGGAGGAGCAGGCUGUUCUGCAUGAGCAGUGCCCCGAAUGCGGGUUCCACUUCCCCGUCCUCGAGGAGACCCCUUCAAGCUUUGCUGUCUUUAAGGACGUGCCGGGGUUAACAGGGACUGAGAAGUCUAGUGGGGUCAAGGUUGAAGGAAAGGAGGGGGAGGAACACAAGGAAAAGCUGUGA